CAACAGUGGGGGUCUUACCUGCUAGACUGCUGGGAGAGGAUUUCAUAUUGGUUGAGUAACCUUGAGACUGAUCAUGUCACCAGUGUUGGGCAUCACCCUGCUGGCCUUGGCCCUCUCAAGCCGCACUGUGGCCUUUAUUCCCAUCGGCGGCAGUGGAUCCACUCACGUCAGCAUUACAAGAACAGCGCUAUUGCAAAAAGUGAAGGAAACAUGUCGGGCAGUGGUUGAGGCCUCUGGUCACCAGUUCAACCCCACGGGUUCUUCUUUUGAGGAGCUGGUCCAGGCCUGUCUUGGUCCCGCAGCAAGUGGGGACGUAUCGGCUGGCAUGUUCCGCUCAGCGCUACAAGAGAUCUAUGCCCAGAAUGGUGUGGUAGAUUUAAAUCAUUAUUUCAGUGCUAAACACCACUUCAACUCAGAGGCCUUCCUAGAAGGGCGUGGCCUAAUCACAGAGGGCGUGGCCAGCAUCAAGGCUAAUGUUCGCAAUGAGAACUUCAAGGCCGCUAGAGCAACGCUGGGCAGAGUCCUUCACACCCUGCAGGACUUCUACAGCCACAGUAACUGGGUAGAGCUGGGAAACACAGAGCCUUACAUCAACCUCAUACGCCCAGAUCUUCCUCUGGAAAACCUGGCAGAUGUCGACACUCCCACCUGCAGUGACUGUGCUGGUGGGACAUGCGCCAACCAAAUCCUCUCUAACAUUCUGAAAAAAAAGAAACUCACCUCAGGCUACAUGGGAAUCUCCUCCGCUACCAAGCCUCAAGGUAAAUGUAGUCAUGGGGGUACAGGUGACAUGACCAGUGAAGAAGUCCCCCGUGGUGGGAUCAACAAAGAUGACAGUCACUCCGGCAAUGCAGCUUUCCAUAAAGCCGCUGUAAAUGCAGCCAUCAGUGCCAGCCUGCAGCUGCUGGAGGAUAUUCGGGGUGCUGCUGGAGACCAUGACUUCCUGAGAAUGAUGGGGAUUGCCCGUUCAUCCGUUGUGUGUUUUGUUAUUGACACUACGGGCAGUAUGUCAGAUGAUAUUAAUCAGGCCAGGAGCAUUGCUUAUAAAAUCAUUGACACUAAAAAAGGAACACAGGACGAGCCCUCUGAGUACAUUCUGGUUCCCUUCAAUGACCCUGACUUUGGACCCAUGAUAAGGACAACAGAUGCUAACGUGAUGAAAAAAGAGAUUUCUAAGCUCAAGGCAAAAGGAGGCGAUGAUGCCCCUGAGAUGUGCUUUUCAGGGAUCCAGUUGGCUCUAACUGGUGCCCCGGCCUCCUCUGACAUCUAUGUGUUCACUGAUGCUAUAGCCAAAGACUAUGAUCUCAAGGACACCAUUAGUGCUCUGAUCAGGAGCACCAAGUCAAGAGUGUCAUUCUUAAUUACCCCGAUCAGUCGGAGAAGCCGUCGUUCUGUCAGUGCCGCCUCCUUUGAUGACUACAAGGACCUUGCUCUGGCCUCUGGGGGCCAGGUCAUCCAGGUGUCCAAGAAGGAGCUGUCUCAGGCCACAGAUGUCAUCCUCGACACUUCCACCUCAGCCCUAGUGACAGUUCUUCAGCGAGCUAGAAACUCUAAAGAUGAAACCUUCCCCUUUGUGUUGGAUGGAUCUCUGAAAAACAUCACAAUCUACAUCACAGGAACUUCCAUUACCUUUACACUCACUAACCCUGCAGGUGUGAGCCAGGGCCAAAAUGAGGCCAGUGGUAAGCUGGGGACCAUUCAGACAGUGGGCAACUUGAGGAGAGUUCGUCUCACUGACAUGCAGACAGGAACCUGGAAGAUCAGGGUCAACUCCAACCAACCCUACACACUCAAGGUCACAGGCCAGAGUACUAUCACCUUUGUCUAUGACUUUGUGGAGCCCUUCCAGGGACCACACCCAGGUUAUGCAGUAAUUAAUGGACGCCCACAAGCAGGCCAGCCUGCCAAAUUGUUGGUAUCAGUGUUGGGCAGGAAAGGUCCGUCCUCUGUGACUGUUGGUGAGAUUGGCUUGGUGACUGUAUCUGGAUCUGAGGUGUUCAACCAUGGAAAAAUAUCUGACAUGGGCAAUGGAGACAUGCUGGUUACUGUUGAUAAAGUCCCUGAGGGAGAGUUUGUGAUCUUACUGAAAGGAAAUGAUACAGUGUCAAACAGCCUAUUCCAGAGGCAGUCCACCACCCAGAUGUCAGUCUCCAAAGUGAACAUUGAGGCUGUGAUAGACAGCAGUGUGGAGCCAGGACAAACCUUCCUCCUUAAAUUCAGAGUCAUGACAGAGGGCGCUGGAGGAACAUACUCCAUCAAUGUUAAAAAUGACAAAGGUUUCCCCAUGUCAUUCCCACCUAGUCUCAACUUGCAAACAGGUCAAUAUGCCAAUGCUAAUUUGACUAUUACACCGCCUUCUAAUACUCCAUCGGGCACUGAUGCCACUCUGACUAUCAGUGUCAGGUCACCCACCAGUUCUGACUUCAAUUACGCCGUGCUGAGACUCUCCGUCAUUACCAAGAUUACAGAUUUCCACCAGCCAGUAUGCAAAGUGGUUAGUGUCCAAGCUGAUGACUGCCCUAAACAUGUGUUGAAGUGUUCCCCUUUGCGCUGGGAGCUCUCAGCCAACCUCACAGAUGGUAAAGGCACUGGCAUAAAGCGCAUUACCCUGCAGCAGGGUAAUGGAACCCUCUCAUAUACUUCCCUCAGUGCUCCCGUUGUUCAGGCAACCUACAGCGCCUCCUGCUGCUCACAGAUCGUGGAGUUUAUAGCAGUUGAUGAAGUUGGCAAUGUGGGCAGGUGCUACCAUUCCAUUGUGCAAUCUGGUGGCCCUCCUGUCCUGACCCUGUCCCUACCACUGUGGUUGUGUUUGCUGGUGUCCACCUUCAUGGCCAGGCCUUAAGC